AUGACCAGCAAACGGGUCACUGAAAAGCGACCGGCUGUGAAAAAGUUAUCAGACAUAUGCGGGACGCUGAGAAGACGCGAAAACGUUCCAAGCGUACCAACCUACUCCAUAGACGGCGGUGGUGGCAGUCGAUUGACUGGUGGCAUCAGCGGCGUGGUAGCACUGAGACGCUCUCGCCGGACGCGUAUGGGCCGCCGAUCGACGAGGCGUAGGUCGAAGAGCCGCAAGAGGCGUAGUCGGUCGCGGUCCGGUCGCCGACGUGGAAGAAGACGUAGUGGGACCGACGUAGACGAAGACGAUAUGACCACAGACGCCGAGGAAGACGAAGAUGACGACGACGAAUCGUCAACAUUUGACGCGACAUCCCUGAGGAGGGCGAGAAGAAGUAGGAGGCGAAAAGGCAGCCGACGUCGUCGCCGUCAAUAUCAGAUAAGUGGCGGCGACGAUGAUGACGAUGAUUACACCACCGACGACGACGCCGACACCACCACCGACGUCAGCAACUGCCCAAGUCCUUGUGGUACCCGCCGCCGGAAGAGGCGAAGGAGGAGGCGGUCGAGUCGAAGGUCGAUGGGAUGCAAGAGGAGGAGUAGAAGGAAGAGGAGAAGGAGUGGCUGCCGUGUCUUUGCGCUUGGCGAGCCCACCGUGAGCGACUUGGCAGAGGUGAGUGGAACAGGCCACUGCGGAUGA